AUGUAUAAUGGGACUAAAAUCUAUAACUCCGAUGAAUUUGGGAGUUAUGUUUCUUAUGAUGCUGUUUUCCCCGACAUCUUUAUCCGGUACAUGCUUGAUAUCUCCGGGCAGUUUAGGGCCUACAAGUGGGGGAAAGACUAUAAUCAGUGGACUUCAUUUUGGUUGCGACCCUCCGAACGUUGCGAGGUAUAUGGAUUCGGCGGUGCUUCUAGUAUUUGUAACCAGCAACAAGUGCCUCUUUGUGUAUGCUUGGAAGGGUUUGAACUGCAAGCUCCAAAAGACUGGGACUUGGAGGAUCACACGGAAGAGUGCGUGAGGAAAACCCUUUUAGAAUGCAGUGCAAGCAGUGGAGGAAAUGACACAUUUGUGGUGAUACCCGAUUUGCGCUUCCUUGAGAAUCCCGAGACUUUAGCAGGUAAGAACAUCGAUGAGUGUAGAUCGGCGUGCUUGAGUGAUUGCUCGUGUACAUCGUUUGCUUAUGAUAAUGGGUGUUUGGUUUGGAAAAGGGAUUUGUUCAAUGUAAAACAACUUACAUCUGAUGAGACAGUCGGCAAAAAGUUGCAUCUUCGGGUUGCAGCAUCAGAGGAACCAAAGGCAAAGAGAGAGAAUAAAACCUUUUGGAUUGUCAUUGGAGUACUUGGAGGUUUGUGUGGUGUUUUACUGAUUAUUGUGGUAAUUGCCAAGAAUGAAUGUUCCGGUUCUGGGGAAAGAGGGACACUGAAGAGUUAUACCGCCAUCGCAGUGAAGAGGCUUAACUAUCCAAAGCAAGUAAAUAAGCAAUUUCUUACAGAAGUGAUGACUGUUGGAAAGGUCCAGCACAUUAAUCUUGUUCGUCUCCACGGAUUUUGUGCAGAAACUUCAAAAAGAUUCUUGGUUUAUGAUUACAUGCCAAAUGGUUCUCUAGAAUCUCUUUUGUUCCAGAAGAGUCCGAUCGUCUUGAAUUGGAAAACUGGAUAUCACAUUGCAGUUGGGACUGCAAGAGGACUUGCAUAUCUUCAUCAUAGUUGCAGAAAAUGCAUCAUACACUGUGACAUCAAACCUGAAAACAUUCUGUUGGAUGCAGAAUAUGCCCCCAAAAUAGCUGAUUUUGGUCUUGCAAAGCUCGUGAGCAGAGACUUCAGCCGGAUAAUUACAACCAUGCAAGGACAAGAGGGUAUAUUGCUCCGGAAUGGAUAUCAGGAGAAGCUAUCACAGCAAAAGCCGAUGUCUUUAGCUACGGAAUGUUGUGUUUUGAGAUCAUAUCAGGAAGGAGAAACAGAGAUCUUUUGGAUGAUGGAUUGCAAAACUAGUUCCCCACUCGCGUUGCAAAUGUAUUAACGAAAGGAGAAGAUGUCGAUACCUUGUUGGAUUGCAGGUUAGAAGGUAAUGCAAACAAAGAAGAAGUGAUGAGAGCAUGCAAAGUAUCUUGUUGGUGCAUUCAAGAUGACGAGAACGAUAGGCGGACAAUGGGGCAAGUUGAUCAACUUCUGGAAGGAGUCAUAGAUCUCGGCAUACCUCCUAUCCCACAGUUCCUCGACCGGUUUUCAAAGAGUCUAGUCGAGUCCAUACAUUACCAUAACAUUUAUUCCAGUACUGCUUCGGAUUCAAGGCGUGGCUACUCGAGUAGUAUUACUAUAUCUGGAGCUUAAACUUAAAAGCUACUAAUUUCCAACUUUCAAAUUUCCAUUUUCUUUAUUUUUGUUAACUUGCAGGAGAUUGUGAGUCCCCUCAUCCU